UGUCCCAGCAGCUGUGUCGAUGCGUCUAAAUAUAUUCUUCUAUCAUGAAUUUUUUUCCGUAAAAUAGGAAAUUCCUAUUAAAGGCCAUUUAAACAGGCCACCUUCUGACAAACAACGUUUUUCUUGCGUCUGUGAACAGCCUUUCUCACCCAUACACAUUUGGCUCUCCACCUAAAAAGACCCCAACAACACUCCACUUCACACCGACACCGUUUCGUUUGGGUCGUUCUUUGCUAUGGAAACGAAAUGUCAGUUCGUUGAAAAAUGUUGUCUAAGCACAACAGCCAUACGGACGUCGUCGGUUGGUUUCGUUUUGCGUUUGUUCCAUCGACAACAACUAUGCUUGUUCUUCUUCUACUUCGUGCACAAGUUCAUCGAGUUUGUUAUGAUGGAUGGAUGCAAUGACAAUUUAUGUUUGUUAUUCGUGUGUUUUUUUGUAUUCCAAAGCCAAUCCAAUGGAAUGAAAUCAAAUGUUUGAUGGAAAUUGUUUAUCAAAAGAAAAAGUAGGGUCGGUUACAUGGGCUGCCAUGAAAAUUGAAACAAACAACAGCAAGUGAAUGUGUUUUGUCAAUUCUAUUUCAAUUUGUUUCUUCCUUGUAAUUCUAUCCCAGUCUUUGAAUAAUUAAUAAAUGUAAACAAAAACAACACGGUCUCUCUCUGGCGAAAAAAGAAGUGAAACGAUUUGGCGCGCCAUUUCUUUUUGAAGGCAAAAAUGCAUAAAAAUUAAAUUGUAAAAUAGAAAGAAAAGCAAAUGAAAUGAAUAAAGUUUAGUUAAUUUAUGCAAAAAAUAGUUGCAUUGCAAACGAGGUCAUAGCUUAAGAAACUACUUUAAAGAAGAAAGUAGUGAGUCCCUGGCCACAGUUCACGUGGAAAUCAAGUCUUGUCUUCCCAUGCUAAGGCAAGAAUUGCAAAUAAUUUAUAAAAUCAUCUAUAAAAAGCAACGCUUAUCAUCAAAUAUAUUAAAAAAAUGACGUCUAAUUGUACAAUAAUAAUAUUUCCACCAUGUACGUUUUUCAAUGUAAAUAUAUCGAGUAAAGCUUACAAUAAAUAAGACGCCCUCCCAGCCAGAGUAAAGAUUAAAAUGGACUGAGGAACAUCUUCUUAAAAAAGGAAGUCAAAACAAACAAGACAAAGUCUAAGCAAUAAAUGACGGCCUAAGAAAAAUCAGAAGCAAUCCAAGAAUCUUGAAAAAAAGACAAGAAACUUCAAUAAAAUAUUAAAAACAAACAACUUGCCCAAAGACAACCUAGAGUAUUAUUUAAAAAAAGAAACUACUACAACAUAGAACAAAACCUCAAAUGAUUGAAAUUGUAAAAUAAAAAUUACUUACAAUUUAUUAAAAAAAUUAACAGCCCUAACUUCGUUUCUACGCCACGGCGAAGUUUUGGCAGAAUAUAAUUAGAUACACAUAAAUAGUUGGCGCCCAAUUGAAAAUCCAGCAGCAGCAACAAAGAGCAACAAAACGUUGAGGAAAAUUUGUUCUUUAUGGAUGCAGGAGGUCUUCCAGUGUACCAGAGCGCCAAUCAGGCAGCCGCCCAACAACAACAGCAGCAGCAGCAACAACAACGCCACCAACAACACCAGCAACAUCAAUUGAAUAUUCAAUUGCAGCAGCAGCAACAUUUGCAACAUCAUCAACAACAACUGCAGCAACAUCAAAACAUCAGCUUACAUUUGCAACAGCAGCAGCAGCAACAACAACAACAGUUACAGGCAUCACAGCAACAACACGUUCACAAUGUGCAACAGCAACAGAUCCAGGUGCAACAGCAACAACAAACGCAACGUUCGCCCUAUCAUCAAUCAAAUGCUGCAACAAAUUCCAGUCCAGGAUGCGCAAUUGGCGGCGGCCUUGGACCUGGCGGCAACGGAACUGGCGGCUCUGGCCAAACAAACACAAAUUCGGGCAUGCCCUCGCAACAGCAGCAACAACAGCAGCAGUCUCAGGGCCUUAACAACAACGGCCUCAAUGCCGUGCCCUCGCCCCAGGGCGGUGGACUCAUGGGUGACAUUGUGCCACCGAAACGCCAACAAAUGUUCGAACGUUUGCGACGCCGCAUGGAAAAUUAUCGACGCCGUCAAACCGAUUGUGUGCCACGCUACGAACAGACAUUCAGCACGGUGUGCGAGGCACAGAAUCAUGAGACGAGUGCUCUGCAGAAACGCUUCCUCGAGAGCAAGAACAAGCGGACGGCCAAAAAGACGGAGAAGAAACCCACAGAAAGCGCCACAACAAUGUUGUCCAGCAAUCUGCAAAGCAGUGUUCAUGUGCAACAAAAGUUCUUAAAACGACCCGCUGACGAUGCCGACAAUGGUGCCGAAAAUUUCGAACCGCCCCACAAAUUGCCCAACAACAACAACAAUUCCAAUAACAGCAAUAAUAACAACAACAACAACAAUGGCUCCGAGAAUCUAAAAUUCUCUGUGGAAAUUGUCCAGCAACUGGAGUUCACCACCUCGGCGGCCAAUUCUCAACCCCAGCAGAUAAGCACCAAUGUCACAGUGAAAGCCCUGACCAAUACCUCCGUGAAAAGUGAACCGGGUGUAAGUGCAAGCGGUGGUGGGCCAGGCGGUACCGGUGGACCCGGCGGUGGUGGUGGUCCCCAGGGCAGUGAUCCCCAACAUAAUGGUAACAAUAACAACAGCAACAAUCGCGGUGGCAUGCAUAUGGGCAGUGGUGCAGGCAGUGCUUCGAAUCUAAUGGGUGGCCAUAACAUGAAUGCAGCUCAGCAACAACAACAACAACAGAAACCCAACAACAUGGGUGGUUUGGGCAAUUUGGUGGAGUGUAAACGUGAACCGGACCACGAUUUCCCCGAUUUGGCCGGCUUGGAGAAGGAUGGCGGUCCGAACAGUAACUUUCCCGCCUUUACCGAAUUCAUGGGAGACGACGGCGCCGUGGGCAAUGAAACCUUCAAGGAUCUCAUCAAUGACUUGCAAGAUUUCAAUCCUGGCUUUUUGGAUGGCCUCGAUGAGAAACCCCUGAUGGACAUCAAAACAGAGGAUGGCAUUAAGGUGGAACCGCCCAAUGUACAGGCCUUGAUUGAUAGCUUGAAUGUCAAGUCGGAAAAUGCCAUGGCUCAGUUUAAUGCAGCCUUUGGAGGCGGUGGAGGUCCAAAUCCAGGUGGCCCCAAUGUUGGCAGCGGAAUGGGUGGCGGACCCAUGGGAGGGGGACCGGGUGGUCCCAACAAUGAUCCGCAAGGCAUGAACAAAAUGCGUUCCCAGUUCCAGAAUGGUCCCAACUCAGGACCCAUGUCCGAAUUAUCACUUGCCGCCCAAACCCUUAAACAAAUGGCCGAACAACAUCAGCACAAGAAUGCCAUGGGUGGCAUGAAUUUCCCCCGGCCGCCCAUGCAUCAGGGUCAGCAGAAUCAAAUGAUGGGUGGUGGCGGUGGUGGUCCCAAUGGUCGUUACAAUGACUAUGUUGGUGGUUUUGGUGGGCCCAAUGAUUUCAUGCAGGGUCCCAAUGGUCCCCAACAGCAUCCGCAACAUCAAAACAUACCACCACAAUUCCAGCAAAAGGCUCAGGGUGGUCCCAUGGGUGGCAACAAUGUACAGCAGUCCUUCUUGGACAUUAAACAGGAGCUCUACUAUUCCUCACAGCAGAAUGAAUUCGAUCUCAAGCGUCUUCAGCAGCAACAGCAAAUGCAGCAGCAGCAGCAGCAACAACAACAGCAGCAGCAGCAUAUGUCACAAGCCAAUAUGGCUAAAAUGGGACCCAAUGGUCCCAUGGGUGGUGGUGGCGUUGGUGUGGGUAAUUUCCCCAAACCCAAUGGUCCCGGACAACAGCAAUCUCAAACCCAGAAUCCAAACCAACAACCACAAUACUCGCCCUACAAUUCACCCAUGGGUCCGGCUGGAAGUGGUGGUGCCGGCGGACCUGGCAUUCCCGGUGGUUCCCAAGGUGGUAUGGGACCAAACUUUAUGCAAGGACCUGGACCACGUGGUGGACCAGGCAUCGGUGUUGGUGGUAUGGGACCCAACCAAGGUGGUCCAUCAAAUGGUCCACCCAACAUGUCACCAGUCCAGCAGCAGCAACCACAGUCGCAACAACAACAGCCACAAAAUGCCAAUGCCCGAGGUCCCAACUCACAACAGAAUUUACCGAACAUGGGCAGCGCGGGACCAAAUAUCAAUAAUCAAAAUGGCCCGAAUUCGGGUCCGAAUCUAAAUGGUCCCGGUAAUGGACAGGCGGCCGGUCAGCAGCAAGGUAAUCCAAAUAUGCCACAGCAACAACAACAGCAGCAGGCCCAACAAACCACCACAACAACGUUGCAAAUGAAACAGACGCAACAGUUGCACAUUUCACAGCAAGGUGGCGCUCAUGGUAUUCAGGUCUCGGCUGGACAACAUUUACAUCUCAGCGGUGAUAUGAAAAGUAAUGUGUCGGUGGCUACGCAACAGGGAGUGUUCUUCAAUCAACAGCAGCAGCAACAACAACAACAACAACAGCAGCAACAAAAUACUCAAAAUACUCAGCAACAACAAACGCCUGGCAGCAAUGCCGGUGGUCCCAAUGGCCAACAGCAACCUCAACAGCAACAACAGCAGCAACAACAACCAAAUCAAAAUAUGAACAAUAAUAACGGUGCUUCCGAUGGUGGCUUUAGCAUGUCACAAACACAGUCCAUGAAUUUCUCCCAACAACAAUCACAAAAUCCCGCAGCAGCUGGCGGAGGACCCCAGCAACAACAACAGGUGCCACCAAACAUGAGACAGCGUCAAAAUCAAAACCAAAAUCCAGCAGCAGCAGGUCCGGGCAAUAAUGGGCCAGGUCCAAAUGUGUCGGCGACGGGACCGAAUGGUGGUCCCAAUGUUGGACCAGGCCUUAUGAACAAUCCUCAAGUCCCUGGUGGUGGUCCAAAUGUGGGUCCAGGGCCCAAUAGCGGACCCAUGAACUCAAUGGGAGGACCAGGUGGCAAUGGCCCCAAUGUGCCGGGUCCAAAUGUUCCCGUUAUGGGUGGACCCAAUGGUCCCAUGGGUGGCAUGGGACCAGGGGGCAUGGGCGGUGGUGGUGGUCCCAACCAAAUGAUGUCGGCCGGAGGUAUGAAUCCCAAUGCUGGACCCAACCCAGCCAUGAUGAUGUGUCCCGGCGGUCCCAAUGGUCCACCCAUGAACAUGAAUCAAGCCAAAUUCCGGCAACAACAAGAAAUGAUGCGUGCUCAAGUCAUGCAACAGCAUGGCAUUGGUUCUCGACCCCCACCACCGGAAUACAAGGCCACACAGGCGCAGCUAAUGCAGGCCCAGAUGAUGCAGCAGACUGUGGGAGGUGGUGGACGUUUCCCCAAUGCAGCAGCGCAGGCGGCGGCAAUGCGACGAAUGACCCAACAGCCGAUACCGCCAUCAGGUCCCAUGAUGCGUCCCCAACACUCUAUGUAUAUGCAACAUUCCGCUGGAGGACCACGCUCUGCCAUGGGUCCCUAUGGUGGACCAAUGGGUCCUGGUGGUCCCCAAAGACCGCCUAAUGUUCAAGUAUCUCCCGAUGGCAUGCCUGUGGGCUCACAACAAGAAUGGCGUCACAUGAUGAUGCAACAGCAGCAGAUGGGCUUUUCUGGACCCGGUGGUCCAAUGAGACAGGGAGCGGGAGGUUUCAAUGGUGGAUUCAUGGGCAGCGGAGGCGGUGGUCCCGGCAUGCCUAAUGGUCCCAAUGGUGGUGCUGGCGGCAUGGGUGGUCCCAACCCUGGCAUGCAGCUAACACCCGCUCAAAUGCAACAGCAAAUGAUGCGUCAACAACAAAUGCAAAACCAACAAAUGAUGGGCGGCGGCCCCAAUGCCAUGCAAAUGCAACAAAUGAUGCAACAACAGUCCAUGCAGCAACAAGGCGGUCCCGGUGGUCCUGGCGGUGGCAUGAUGACACAAAUGCAAAUGACCAGCAUGCAUAUGUCACAAACCCAAAUUAGCAUGCAACAACAACAACAAUUUGUCCAACAAACCGCCACCGCCACACACCAACAACAGCAAAUGCUACAAAUGUCACAAGGUGGCGGUGUUGGUCCAUCGGGUGCUGGUGGCGGCGGCGGCGUACCGGGUGGUCCCAACGGACCCGGCCUCGGUCCCGGUGGCAACGGCAACAAUGUACUCUCCUCAACAUCUGCCACAGUAUCAUCCGUCUCCAGCGUCGUGGCCACAGCGAACAGUGCCAAUAGCAUGAAUCAAGGCAUCAAUUCGGUGGUUGGCAACUCGAAUGAUUUGUGUCUCGAAUUUUUAGAUAAUUUACCCGUUGAUGGUGGUAAUUUCUCAACACAAGAUUUAAUCAAUUCACUAGAUAAUGAUAAUUUUAAUAUACAAGACAUUUUGCAAUAGACAUAUUAAAACAAACUUACAUAUACAUAUAUUUAAUCACACACACACCCGCAUACAUCUACAUUUACAUUUGCAAAAAUGAAAGACAAAAAACAGAAAAUCAAAUUUUGAAAUUGAAAAAUGAAUGCCACAAAGAAAAAGAAAUUUGAAAUUAAUCGAGUAAGAAAAAUUGUUGCUUUGUUGUUGAUAUUGAGUUAGGCAAAAAGUUGGCAAUAUUUGGUCUUUGUUUUGUAUGACGUACGAUACGAAAAUGAAUUCGAGGGAAACACACAAUUUCAAAUGAAUUCGAAUCUUUUUUUGAGUAAAAUUCGAAAGGAAUAUUAUUUGAAAUGGUGUUUUUCCAACGCAUUCGUCAUACCAAAACAGGCCCUGAGUCAGAAAUUAUAGUAACAGGACUACAAAGUUCGUGGAUUAAUAUCAAUAUUAUAUGGUAAUCUGAUAAGAUCUUAAAAAGGUAUAUCAAAAUGUCAUUAAAUUCAAUUUAUUUUACUUUGGUUUUUGUUAGCAAAGUUUCAUGAGAUUUUAAAGUGCAAGUUUAAGGUAAUACCAGAUUGAUAUACAAUAUUGAUAGUUAGCAAAUUCACCCUUUAGUCCUGUAUAGUGCUAGUCUCUAUAACAAAUUGAAUCAAUAUUUGUCAUUGUAAGUUCUAUUCAGUCAAGGCAGUUUUCGUUACUCCCCUUUGUGAAGCUACUGGAUCACAUGGCUAAAUUAAAAGUAUUUUAUUGUAAACAAAGACAUUUUCAUACGUAUAGGAAGUGUAAAUAUUUGUCUCCUAUAUAAAGCUUUGAACAAUUUAAUCCGAUAUAGUCGAAAACCACUUGGCCACUUUUAUAAAUCUUUUGUAUCAAAAUUCAUGCCGUCACAACUUUAAAUGUUAAUAGUAUAUUUGAAGAUCUAUGUGACCAAUAGUCUUACGUAUUAAGCAACGAAACUUGCCAUCCCUGGAACAGACAUCAAGAGAUGCUAGUGUAACUGGCUCCAUGCUACUUUUUGUAUAUUUCUAACUCAAUAAUGUUGAGUUGUUUAUUUCAGUUUUAUUUUUACUCUAUUUUCCAUUAAAACAUUAUUAUUAAAAUUACAAACAUUAUUUUGGGGUUUUUUAAUUAAUAUAAUACUAUUUAGAUUAUUUUUCUAUAAAAUAGUUAUGCAAAAUAUAAGUUAAUUUUAUUAUAUUUUCUUAUAUAUACUGAUAAAAAAAACAAAACUUAAAAUAAGAAACAAACAAAUACAAAACAAAAAUAAAAAAGAGUAAAACGCAAACCGCAAACACGGAAGAAAAAAGCCCACGUUUGUUGUUUUAAAAGUUAGCCAAGAGUAGAAAAUUUAUACUUAAAUCAAAAUAACAAAAAACAAAAUCCACUCUAAUUUUCAUUACAACAACAUUCCAUUGCCAAUAUUUUAUAAAUAGAAAACACAUAAAUUUAAAAAAGAAAAAUAUGUAGAAAUAUUAACAUCAUGACAUACAUAAAGAUUUUUUUUAAAUUUUUCAAAUUGACAGUAUCCAUUAAUUGUAUUAUAUACAAACAUUUUUUUUUGUACAAUAUAAUUUACAAUAACCCGAAUAUUACCGAUUUCUUUCUGUAUUCAAUAUUUUAUAUGCAAUUUUUACCAUGUUUUUUCGUUAAUAUUUUAACAUUUAAGAAAACAAAAAAUCCAACUUAACAUAUAGUGCCACCGAAUAUUAGUAAAUAAUAAAAAAAAAGUUCAAUAAACAGGUUUCAAACAAUAAUAAACAAAACGAAAAGAUUUAGAAAACUUAAAAAAAUGUACUCUUUCCCUUUAGCAAAUAAUGCACCUAAUAUGUGGGAUAUUUAACGUAAACAUAUUUAAAAAAUAUUGAUUCCUAUAAUUUUUGUAUUGAGGUCCUCUGCUUGUAUCUUUGGUGCGGUAUAUAAUUAAUUAAAGCAGAUUUAGGGCUUGUUUUGAUUCAAACACAGACUAUAUAUUCUUACAGAUAUUUUGUACUUUAACUCUAAAUAGAGUUCCUAGCAUGGUACAAUAAGGAGAAUGUAGAACAGAUCAAAAUUAUAUUCAACAAGUUAUUUUCAUUUAUUUGAUAUUAUUUGUUGAUUUUUAAAAUGAGUCAAAUGGCGCGAAAGAUGAAUAAAAUACCUGGAUGUUCUCUCAAAAAUAAGAUCCUAAGUGUUGAAUCUUUCAAUUCCAUGGUAAAUCUGAUUAAUUUCAUUAAUGCGCGCCCCCAAUUUAAGUUUCUUCCAAUCAUUGAUUUUGAAAAUAUUUUGUUUUUUUUUUAAACAAUAAAAACAUACACAAAAUUGGCAGAAAUCGGGUACACUUAGAAAAAAAAUGUAGUUAGCUGGUAGCUCUACUUUACCUUUUUAUUGUACCAUGGCUCCUAUCACAUUUUGUCCACAGCAAAUCCCAACAACUUUUUAGUUCCUAUACGAGGGAACCAUUCUUUAUAUCAGUUUAAAAUUGUCUUUGGAUAUGAAAUUAAAUUAAUUCCAAUUGUUCACUGGUUCGGAAAUUUUUGCCUUUCCUAAGCUCCUCAUAUUACAAAUUAACAGGAAAGAUUAAUAAAAUGAAAAACACAAUUCAAUGCUUAUUUUUGAAAUAAUGUACAUGUUUAAUAGUGCAGAUCAUGGUAGAAGAAUAUAGGUAGAUGCAUCAACGCUUGGGAACAUUGAUAUGUCAAAAUUUUAAAAAGAAGAAUUCUUCUUCAUUCUUCAUAAAAUAUAGGCUUUAUUAGAAGUUUGUUUGAUUUUGCUUUGAAUUAUAACAUUUCCAAACCUAAACUAAUUCAAUAUAUUUCAAUUUAAAAAUGUAUGUAUUUCUUUAAAUGUGUUGUUGUUCAAAUGAACAUAUUUUAUUCCUGUUAUUGCUAUUUGCUUUUGAAUGCACAGUAGUGGAAUUCUCUAAAACAUACUUUGAGUUACCGACAAAAACCGGUAACUUUGAAACCCAUAAUUUGAUAUAAAAAAUAAUCUAAGGUUGAAAAGAUUGAUAUCUUCCGGUAGGUCUUAGCGACUACUUUGAUUUUGUCGUUAACUUACCGAUAAAUUUCAUUAAUUACCGAAAUUAUAAUCUUUUUACUUUUACUGACUUCUGUCGGUAACUCAAAAAAUGGGUUAGAGAAUUGCACUACAGGAAGCCGAAAUUUGAAGGUUUAAAAGACUAACAUAGAGGGUGUGGAUUAGCCUCGUGUUUCGAAUUAUCUAGUCGGUGGUUUUUGCAACUUUUCCCCCUGUUCUAAAUUGAGCUGACACAAUUUUGAGACAUAAAACAUGGGCCUUUUUCAGAAAUAUGUUUAUUUCAUUUCUUUGUAUUUUAAUGUGCUCUAAAUUAAAACUUUUCGUGUCCUAUACGCAUUCAGUAUAUGUAUUUCAGGUCUAAAAUUUUUGAAAUAUUUUUUAAAACGUUUAGUUAUUACAAUUAACAUAUUUUGUUCCUGCGCUUGAUAUUAGUUUUUUAUGAAGCUCAUUGCAUUUUUUAGUAUUAAAAUAUGGAAAAAUAAAAAUUCCAAAUUUUAAUGUUUAAAUAAGGGAGUUGGUUAAAGCGAAGAAUUCCAUAAAAGUGAACAUUUAGAACAGAAAAUUCUCAAGACCAAUUAACUCCGGUCCUGCUCUUUAAUCUCAGUACUAAAAUUUUUCGUCCUUUGCAAUGCUUCAUUUUUACAAUGUCAUGCCGGAAGGGUUCAUAUAGACCAUUUAAUUUUUCAUAUAAAAUUCUGAGUUCAUUUAAAACACUUCAAAGUGAUUUGGAAAUUGUAACAUAAUUUCCACCUCAUAAAAAAUUUUGGGACCAAUUUACUUUUUAAUAAUUUUAUAAAUUAUCAUAAAAAACGAUUUUCAAAAUAGCGUCUUAUUCUACUCUCAUCCUUUUUGAAAAACAUGGUCCAGUUUAUAUGACAUUUCUAUCAAGUUUUCGCACUGGACUCAUUCACUUGAUCUUUUGUAUCUUACUUUGCUAUACGCAUCCCAAAUUGAAUAUCGCCCACCCAUGUUUGAAACAAAAAAAAUGGAAACUUGAAAGAUCACUUUUUUAUAUACAAAUUUUCCACAGAAAAAUUAAAGCUAAUAAUAGGGAAUAGUUUAUAGUUUUCUAGCUCCUUAAUACAACCUGCUCUUAAUGGAUGGCCAGGUACUUGGCAAAUCAGAUAAAAGGGCUCUUUUCUUAUAUAAUCACUUCUUAUAACAAUAAUUUAAAUUUUUUUUGCACCAGGACCCAGUCACUUGAUCAUUAAAACAAUUUCUCUGACCAGCUGUAAAUCUCAAUUUCCAUAAUUACAUAAACAAGAACAUCGUGUAACAUCACUCAGCAUCGCUAAGUAUCUUUGAACUCCAUUUCUCAAUAAUUAUUUGUCCACUGUUUUGAAGGACAUAUAGUAAAUUUGAAUUCAUUUAAAAUUGGCAACAACAUCUGCAUACAAUUUUAAUAAAAUUCCUAAAAGCACCAAUUACCACGACAAGUUCGGACUACAAAAUCUAAACCUCUUUUAUAUAUGUGUCUUAUUUAAAUUUAUUGUAUUUCGAUUUGCUUUGAAAUUCUAUACUUUCUUAUAAAAUGAUAAAAAAUAAUAUUUUUGUAGUUUCGUUUUGAAAAACUAUUACAGAGAGUAACAUGAAGCUAAGCCAAUGGAGGAAUACUCCAGACUUAAGCAAUCAAUAAUAAUUUUUGUUAAAUAUUUUUAAAAUUAAUCAUUUAUUUGUUAAAAUUUUAAUAUUUUGUUCCUACUGGUGUGUCUUUCAAUAAGGAUUAUUCAAUAAAGAUAAAAAAUUAGAUUUUAAUCAAUAAGGAUUAUUCAAUAAAGAUUUUGGAAUUUUUUUUUUUAUAAUUUUUUUACGUUUUGAUAUAUGAGAAUUGUAAAAUAUUAUACUAGCGAAUUUUAUGAAAUAUUUUGUAUUAGUGUUCAAAAAAGAUAUUGCCAUUUCUAUAUUGACCCCUGAAUGCUUUAUGAUUUCGAUAAGAAAACUAAAAACUAUAAUUGUUUUCGAAUCUCGAUUCUAUUCAUCUUGCAAUAAAAUAGUAUGUACUUAAAUUGAAAAACAAACAACAAAAA